AUGUCAUCCAAGACUGCUUCUCAUAUGCGAUGGCAUAAGGAAAAACGUUGCGAUGAUGGGAUAAUGAGGCAUCCUGCCGAUUCUAUAGCUUGGAAGACUUUUGACGAAUUGCACCCAUCAUUUGCUAUAGAUCCACGUAAUGUAAGAAUGGGCUUAGCUAGCGACGGAUUUAAUCCUUUUGGAAAUAUGAGCACAUCUUACAGUGUGUGGCCGGUUGUUUUGGUUCCAUAUAACUUACCACCAUGGAUGUGUAUGAAGAGCUCCUAUUAUAUGAUGUCGAUGCUCAUUCCGGGUCCUAGAGCUCCAGGAAAUGACAUUGAUGUAUAUUUGCAAUCUCUUAUUGAAGAGUUGAUCACAUUAUGGAAUGUGGGUGUUGAAACCUAUGAUGCAUUUGGUAAGUGUAAUUUUCGUUUACAUGCAGCAAUACUAUGGACAAUAAACGAUUUUCCAGCAUAUGCUAAUUUAUCUGGUUGGAGUACUAAAGGAGCAUUGGCUUGUCCUUCUUGUAAUAAAGAUACAUGUUCAACUAGAUUGAAGCAUGGGCGCAAAAUGUGCUAUAUGGGGCAUCGCCGUUUUCUAAAACUUGAUCAUAAGUGGCGUAAAAAUAAAAAUUCAUUUGAUGGAAAGACAGAAACUCGACGUGCACCCAACAAUUUAUCUGGAGAUGAAAUUCUUGAGCAAUUAAAUGGAGUUGAAAAUGUGAAAUUUGGAAAAAGUACACAAAAAAGAAAGCGAACUGAGGCUGCCUUGCUUUAUAAUUGGAAGAAGAAAAGUAUUUUUUUUGACUUACCUUAUUGGAGAACACUUUUGAUAAGACAUAAUCUUGAUGUUAUGCAUAUUGAGAAAAAUGUCAAUGAUAAUAUCUUGGGGACUCUUUUCAACAUUGAUGGUAAGAAUAAAGAUAAUCUAAAUGCUCGACUGGAUCUUAAGGAGAUGGGCAUUCGGUCAGAAUUGCAUCCAAUAGAUAAUGGCAACAAUUUUGUCAUUCCACAAGCUUGCUACACAUUAAAUUUAGAUGAAAGGAGAACUGUUUGCCAAUUCUUAGCAAAUUUGAAAGUUCCAGAUGGCUAUUCCUCCAACAUAUCUCGAUGUGUCAAUGUCAAAGAGGGAAAAUUAAGUGGAAUGAAAUCUCAUGAUUGUCACGUAUUUAUUGAAGAUCAUCUCCCGCCAGCUUUUCGUGGCAUUUUGCCUAAAGAAGUAUAUGAGCCACUAGUAGAGUUAAGCUUAUUCUUUAAGCAGUUAUGCUCAAAGACAUUAAAAAUAGAUAUGUUGGAAAGGCUAGAGCAUAAUAUUGUAAUGACAAUUUGCAAACUUGAACGGAUUUUUCCUCCUGCAUUCUUUGACAUCAUGAUACACUUGCCUAUUCAUCUUCCAUUAGAGGCACGGUUAGCUGGUCCUGUACAUUACCGGUGGAUGUACCCAUUUGAGAGGUACUUGCGCAAGCUGAAGUCUAAUAUACAACGUGCGCACUGCGAAGACAACGGAAGUGUGAGCAUUCAACUUCUACAUUUGUCAUGUGGUCCAAAUAGAAUGGUGACUCGUUAUAGUGGCUACAUCGUUAAUGGCUUUAGAUUUCAUAUAUAUAAGCGUGAAAUUCGACGACAAACACAAAAUAGUGGAGUUAUAGUAAAGGGUGAUGAGCAAAGUGGAAGUAGAGAAUAUUAUGGGGUCUUGACAGAUAUUUUAGAGUUGGAAUAUGGGGGGCGAAACAAAAUAGUGCUAUUCAAAUGUGAUUGGUGGGAUACAUACAAUGAAGGUAGGGGUUACAAGAAAGAAGCUAAUGGCAUCACUUUCGUAAAUACUACUCGACACUUGCCAACAAAUGAACCAUAUGUCUUAGCAUCACAAGUUGAACAAGUUUACUAUGUACAAGACAAUAUGAAUCCAGAUUGGCAGAUGGUGGUGAAAACAUUACCUCGUAACUUUUAUGAUAUCCCUACUAUUAAUGAUGAAGAGCCAAUAGAUGAUGAAGAGCCAAUAGAUGAUGAAGAACCUACAUGGGAUGCAAAUACAAUAGUAGAUACCUUACCUGAAUAUGUUAUGGAUAAUGAUGACAUUGCUACAUCAUUAAAUCGUGAUGAUGUGAAUGGAAUUGUUAUUGAGAAAAGUCAUCCAUCAUACAAAAAUAGCAAUGAUAAAUAUGACAAUGAUUUUAUUAAUGACAAUGAGGAAGAAGAAGGAGAAGAAAUUCAAGAAAACGAUUUGUAG